GGUGGGGCUGGCUGCUGCGCUGCGCGGCGCAGGAGACGCUGCCUUUUCCUUUCGCCAUCUGUGGUUUCGCACUGUCCAAAUGGUCUUUUGCCUGGGAAGCAUUUUUCAAAUGCUCAGUCAACGGUAGCAGCUCUGUCUUCGGCGAAAAGUGCAGUGCCCCUGCUGAUCGAACGCGCUGAUAAGAAUGGCGCCUCCACGGACUGUCGGAAAGAGAAGUCAACAUCACCGGAGGAAUUCGGUCUUUCGCAGAGAGCUGCGAGCCACGUUUAACUGCGUCAUGCACGAUCUCCGCAAUUUUAGUGUGUGGCAGUUUCUGAACGAUCCGGGAAUCGUCUACUUAGUGGUGCCAUUUCUUUUAAUCAUCGAAUUUAUUGUGAACAUGACAGUUAUCGGCAGGGUACCUUACACCGAAAUUGACUGGAGAGCUUAUAUGCAAGAAGUGGAAGGAGUGCUCAAUGGCACUUACGACUACGCUCAUCUCAAAGGGGACACUGGACCGCUUGUGUACCCUGCAGGCUUUGUGUAUAUCUUCAUGGCUCUGUACUACAUCACUGGCCAUGGGACGAACAUUCUUCUCGCCCAGUACCUGUACGCGGGCCUUUACCUCUUCACUUUGGGCCUCGUAUUCAGUUUAUACAACAAGACUUGCAAGGUGCCCCCGUAUGUCCUCGUCCUGAUGUGUGCCACCUCAUACCGCAUUCACUCUAUCUACGUGCUUCGACUGUUCAACGACCCAGUCGCCAUGGCCUUGCUGUAUGCCUCCCUUAGCUUCCUCAUCAGGCAGCGCUGGGUGUUGGCUUGCAUUCUGUUCAGCCUGGCUGUCUCCGUGAAGAUGAACAUCCUGCUCUUUGCACCAGCAUUGUUCCUCGUCUUGCUGUCUACUCGAGGCCUUGUGAAGACAUGCCUGCUGAUUGGGCUGUGUGGCCUUGUUCAGCUGGUCCUGGCUCUGCCAUUCCUGCUCUCCAACCCGGUUUCAUACAUGAUGGGGGCGUUUAACUUGGGCCGAGUGUUCCUGUACGAGUGGACGGUGAACUGGAGGUUCCUGCCUGAAGAGCUGUUUGUAAACCGCACGUUUCACCUGGCACUCCUGGCUCUUCACCUUGUCAUCAUUCUGUGCUUUCUGCCAAAGUGGUUUCGGUAUCUCAAGCUCACCGAAUGGACCACGAACAAGGGAAAAGUGCUGGUGAUGUUCCCCGAUCAAAUGCUGCUGCCGUUGCUGACCUGCAAUUUUAUAGGAAUGGUCUUCAGUCGGUCACUGCAUUACCAGUUCUAUGUGUGGUACUAUCACACUGUGCCUUACCUCUUGUGGUCCACCAGGCUGGCCACCAUGACGCGCCUUGCCCUGUGGGGAAUGUUAGAGCUUGCUUGGAACACAUUUCCUUCCACCAGCUGGAGCAGUGGCCUACUUCACUUGUCACACUUUGUUAUUCUAGUCAGUCUGUGGAAGGACUGGCCAACAGAACCAUCUGUGCCACCCUCUAAAAAUAAAUGACUGGUGUCUUCUAUGUGCACCACCAUUACACAAC